AACUCUGGUUAAUCAAAACCCUAACCUUUCAAACCCAACGAUUUCUGUCUCGUCUCCGCCUCCGCCUCCAUCUCCCUUUCCCUUCCCUACAAAUCUCAUUCAUUCCUCCCAUUCUAUCUAUCACUCUUUCUCAAACCAUAAAGUGGGAUAUAAGUUCUCUCUGCACUUGCCGGAGCAACCGUUCAAAAGAAAUCGAUGGACAAGUCCGUCAGCUCUACACAGUCUGCUAAACCCGCUUGCUCUCUUUGGUCAUUUAGCUGAGAGUUGAUACGGGCCACGGAUUUUGUCAAGAGCAACUGCAGGACAUCUUUCCAACAUUUCAUGACUUCCCUAUGGGCGGCAUUUAAUGGCUUCCCUGUACCAGCGGCAACACCGCUUUCCACCAUUUCAUUCCCACCUCUUGUUCUUCUUCUUCCACUGAAGUCGAAGAUAACCCAGAAAGGUGAACCCACUAGAGUAUCGAUGAAAUUGAAGACAGCCUAGUAAGGUAAACCCGCGAGAGCACCAACAGGCCACCGCCUGAUCAACAAUGGAGGACGAGUACCGGUACUACCAUCUCCUUCUUCGUUGCUGUCCAGGUCCGAUUACCCACCACUGUCAUUAAUUCUAACUUCCGAAGCUUAUUAUCCCUCUCCCAUGUCUGCCAGAGCACCGACUGACCACCGCCUAAGCAACAAUGGAGGAUGCCGAGACUUUCUAUCUGAAACGAAGCACUCUUUGGUUUUACAACAAUGGAGGUAGAAACGGACGAGACGAGAGGAAGAGGGGAGUUAAUCGCACAAAAAAAAAUGAAAGCUUCUCUGUACAGACGAGACGAGAGGGAGAGAGGGAGUGGGGGAGCAGUUGAAGGAAAGUGAUAGCAAGGCAGCCAGGCAGGGGAAACAAUCGCCAUGUGGGAGUUUUCAAACUCAAACAGCAGCGUCGGUGCCGUGCUGGCUUGAGAAAUGGUAAUGCUUCGCAGCCAGGCAGGGGAAACAGUCGCCAUGCGGGAGUUUUCAAACUCAAACAGCAAUGUCGGUGCCGUGCUGGUUUGAGAAAUGGUAGGGUGCUUCGUUUUUCAGGUGACUGUGCACAGUCGAAUAAGCACUCUCGUCUCGUCCAUGGAGCAGUCGACUGACCCUUAUUCACCUGAUUUGAGCAGCCGUACGAAUUCAGAUGUGCACAGUCGCAGUCUUCGAACUCAAACAGCGGUGCCGGUGGCGGAGACUCCCCUUCUCCCCCUCGAGUUGAUACUAGUGAGUGGCUCAACCUAUGAGGGUACUUUAAGGCAGACUUGAAGGCUUACAUGAUGGGAAUUUUGAUUUGGCAUUUUUUAACAUAAAGGGUAUUUUAGGAUUUUUCAAAGUUACAGCAGUCACGUAAUGGCACAUUUGAAGAUAUUAGGAUGGAAAAUUAACGGCGAAGGAAGAUUUAGACAAUUAUAAAAACGGUAGGGAUAACGACAGUUAAUUUUUAACUAAACCAUAAGGGCAAUUUAAGAAAUUUAUGUUAUAAUAUAUGUGUAUCWUGCCGUGCCAAUACGGCCCCUUUCUUUGUGCCAUGUCGUGCUGGUCCGUGGGGGUUAAAACCCCAACUCGGUAGGCACAGGGUUCGGACCGGACCGGUGGAUUGACAAAAUAAAAACGAGGUAAAUAAUUCUAGAAAAUUAGGAGAGAGAGGUGUGCGUGCUCGAUCAGUUUUUGCUAUCAGAAAUGACUUGGGGGAAGAGGAAUCGCAGCUUCACCUCAUUAUCCUCGUCAUCAUCUUCGUCGUCUGAAGUGGAGGAAGAAGAAGAAGAUGAAGAAGAAGAUAAUGAUGAUGAUGGUGAUGGUGAUGAUCAUUAUCAUGACGACGACGACGACGACGAUUAUGAAGAAGAUACGGGGGGGACGUCUUCCAGUGACGAUGUCAGCGAUUGGAAUGAAGAUGAGGAAGCGGAUCGCGGCUCCGACGAUGAUGUUUCGGAGACGGUAAAACCUCUCGACGACGAAGCACGUUGCAACAGAGUCAUCAAUAUUCUCAAAGGAGGGGAUGAUCUACAUGCACUAAAAUUAGAAGAAUGCAAAGCAUAUUUGCGGAAGCAUGGCCUUAGGUUAACAGGGACCAAAGCAGUUUGUGUACAAAGAAUUCGUGAACAUUGGAGGAUAAAAGAUGGAAAUGGUGAGAGAUUGUAUCCAAGGUCAUCCUUUGCUAUUGACUGCACAGGUGAUGUCUGUAAAGGUGAUAUUGUUCUGUUCAAACAGAGGGUUUAUGAGAGAUUUGACAAGGUGACAAGGAGCAGCAAUGUUAUCGGGAGGCGAACCAUUGCUGGCAGGAUUUUGAAGGAAAGUUAUGGUGAAGCCAAACAACAGCAUACAUUCACUGUUGAAGUACUUUGGAGCAAGGGUCCAAAGAAAUUGCCACCUUUAUUUCCUUUGCUUGUCAAGGGCCGGAACCUCUAUAGACUGAAGACAUUCCGACAGCCCUGGAGUAAUGAAGCAGAAAGAGCUAAAGUUCUAGCUGAGAAGCACCAGAGAGGAACAGAAGCAAGGCAUGUCAGAGCAAUGAAGAAGUCUCGAUCUGCAAAUGGAGGUCCUAAGCACCGGAGAAAUUCCCAUUAUACAAGGACUCCAAAAGAGCCUCAAAGGCAGGAAUCUUUUCCAACAACCACAUUGCAAAAACAAAAGCAUAUUGAUUGCCGCAGAAAGGCCCCAUUUCUCGGACCAGAAAAAAUGAAAAGAGUCUCAAAGCCAAGAUAUUCCAAAUCAUCAAGCAAUCUUGGAUCUUACAACCCUGCCAAAGAUGGAGUUCCUAUGCUUCACCAAUAUACCCAUUAUCCCCUGAGAUGGGCUCCACCUCCCCAUGAGGAUGCAUUCUCUAGGGUGCAUGCUAAUAGGGAGGUGCACCAUUGUCCUUCUGGUUAUGAGGUAGGCUCGGCUUCAACUGCAAUGAGAGUGCAGCCUUCCAGACCUUAUACUAAUCCAACAGUAGCUCCCACAUUACAUAAACAGGGAUACAACCAGAACUAUUGUUACUAUAAUCAAUAUGCCCAAAGAAAUCCCUUCUACCGGGCGUAAGUCUUGGCAGCAUUGUUGAUGGAAGGUGGUGUUAAUAGGCAGUUGCAUCCUUGUGGGAGCAAAGGCCUAUGGGAUACAAAAAGUGGUUUUUUGUCUUGUUGUACUUAUACACCAGGGUGUCAGGACUUAGGGCUCAGGGAUUUGUUGGAGAUGGUGCAGGACUGGUUGAUGCCCUCUGACACGUCAAUACAUUUUCCAUACUAGACAAAAUUAGCAUAGAACUACUUUCAGUUCAAAAUCCAGUGCUAGUUAAAACGAAGAAAACCAGAAAAAAGCCAAUGCAUUCCCCAUUUAAGAUUCAAUUUUUCUUUUUCUGUUUUUGGUAAACAAAGUUAAGUGUCAACCUCCCCCCUCCCCCAAAAUGUUUGUCUCAGUUCUGCGCAACGGAAUCACCUCUUCCCAAGUCAUAGCUUAUCAAAGGGCUUUGAAGACCUGCUGAUGACAACUUUUGAAAAGCUGUUUUUUUUUUUCUUUUUAAUUUUAUUUUUGUAUAGCUCUGUUGAGGGAUUCACACUAUACAUGUUGAUGUCUCUUGUUCUUCCAAAUUUCCAAAAUCUAGAGGCUUUGGACUAGAAACUUGGGGAACAGUCUUUUUCAUUAAAUUCUGAAAGCCAUUGGUUCUUAA